AUGGCAGGCUGUCUGCUAUUGCUUCGCGCGUUUCGUCCCCGCAGGAAUGGAAGAGAUCAAUCUCACGCCCUGUUGAACAACGAGCCAACAACGUCCAGUUUGGAUGAUGGGUCACAUGAAGGUUCCAAUUCCUCCACGAAGGGAAAUGCGAUUGAUGUGCAUGGCCGUUCGUCUGGCUCUCGAAGCGAACAUCUCGAACGCAAGGGUGUGCAUGAUACUGACCCUGGACUGCUUAAAAAGCACUCCUCAAAUAUUUCAUACACCACCCCAAUUGCAACAUAUCCCUCCAUCCGGACAUUUGUCUAUCCUCACCCUCAUAUUGACAAGCUCCCUACUGAACCAUCGCCCUUGCCACUCUUGGUAUUUAUUCAUGGACUCGGAGGAUCCCUCGUCCAAUUUCACCCUCUAUUAACAAGCUUGAUUACUAUUGCCCCCUGUUUUGGUAUCGAUUUUCCGGGCUGCGGGCUGUCCUCGUUUUCUCCAAAAUCCUGGACUCCAUAUUCAAUUGAGGCUCUUGCUACUUUGGUCAAUGUGGCAGUUGAACAACAUCGCGACAAGGAAAGGGAUCAAAAGGUUAUCUUAGUUGCGCAUAGUCUAGGAUCUGCGAUUUCAACAUUGAUUGCGUCUUCUAAAUCUCCAGUUAUAUAUUCGCUUCGGGAACAUGUCAUUGGUAUUGUUGCCAUAUGCCCACCGGCUGGCCCUCCCCCGAAAGAAGAAACUCUAAUGUUUCGCAGAAUGCUUUACACACCAGAUUUAAUACUAAACCUUUUUAGAAUUUGGGAUAGACGAGGAGGAAUCAACAGUCCCAGCGUUUUGAGAUUUGUUGGGGAAGGUGCUGAUAUGGAGACGAGAAACAUCCAGCUGCGGUUUAACCAGCAUAGCAAGACUCCAGUGUGGAGGAGGAUGGCGUGGGGAAUCCUUCCCACGUAUGACAACAACGGCGAAGCCAUUGGAGGUUUACCUGGGAAUCAAGUAUGGGCUGGAGUGGAUGUUCCACUCUUGCUCAUAGCUGGAGAGGCUGACAAGGUAACGAAACCCGAAGAAGCCACCAAGAUCCUUGGAUAUUUCAACACGGAGUGGGGACAGUCGACCGAAUCAAGAUUCCCUGAAAGCCAGCUCAAAGGACAGGAUUUUGGCGAUCAAGGCGGAAAUACGAUGCCUGAUGCUCGACCUUCGCAGGCGAAAUGCAUGAAUAGUGACGUUUCGAGCAGUGUUAAUCCUUCUGGUAUCCUGGAAUCUGAAAGCGGUACAGGAGGCGGGAAACGGAUUGUAAAAGCAUAUAUUUUUCCUGCACCAGCCUCCCAUGCACUUCUCUAUGAUCGAAGCACCUGUCGGACCCUUUCGGGGUUGAUACAGGACUUUCUUGAAAAGCAAGUCGACCCUCGUCUUGGGUUGGGCUGGCAACUUCAGCAUCUAACUACUUCUGGGAAAUGGGACGUCAAGAACCUUGAAAAAUGGAAAGCAACCAACCCUGUUUCGGACGUAAUGGGCAAUACUUUUGUUGCCAUGAAAACCUUGCGUGAGGUUGAUGAGAAACACACUCCAGUUUCAUUUGCGCAACAGUGGAAGGGGAGAAUCUAUGCAGUCAUCGAUAUCAGCCACGAGAGCCCCGUUUACGACCCCGCCCAACUUGAGAAGGGGGGGAUCCAGUACCAUAAGCUUCCAACCAUCUCCAAGAUACCUCCCACCAUCGAUGAGGUGAGAGACUUCGUCUCGCUAGCCAGCCGACUUGAGGAAGAAAUAUCCUCUGUAUCUGGCAAUCUUCCUGAUGGAGCUCCGCGGCCCGUCAUCGCAGUUCAUUGUCAUUAUGGAUUUAACAGGACUGGGUUUUUCGUUGCUUCAUAUCUGAUUGAGAGGAAGGGGUUUCCGGUUCAAGAGGCUAUAGAUGAAUUUGGGAAAGUUCGGUUUCCGGGGAUCAAACAUGAGCAUUUUAUUGAUACCCUGUUUGCGCGAUACUGUGUUGGUCUGAAAGGAGCUUCGGCUUCGAGUUUAGGGGGGUGA